GUCAUUGUAGAAGUCUCCAAGAAGAACAUCUCCUGGAACUAAAAUGACAAUUGCCAUUUGUUAAUAACUAAUGCAGUUUGGACAAAUAUCUGCAUGGUAAAGGAACUUCCUGUUAUUUUGACAAAUAUCCUUUAGGCCCUCUUACCCUGGACAAAUCUCGUUCAUCUCUGUGACAAAAGUGUUUGGAUGAAGUAUUAGGUGAUGUAAUGUCUGUGUUUCUCUACAGAGAAAGGACCAGUCCACUCCGCCUUAACACUUAACACUGAACCUUGAACUUUAGGACAGGACUUUUGAGAUGCUACAUUUGAAUGUUCAGACUGUUUCUCUAUCAGUGAAUAAUAAUGUGUGCGAUAGUGAUGUAAUGUCCAUGUUUCCACGCUGCUCUGACCCCCCUCCUACUUUCAGGGUGGAGCCUGCUGGAGUCAGAUAUUUGAGACCUGGUCUGAGAAAGUAUUCCUGUGAACUCAGACUCGACACAAACACAGUGAACAGAAACUUCAUACUGUCUGACAACAACAGAAUGGUAACAUAUGUGGAGGAGGAUCAGCCAUAUCCUGAUCAUCCAGAGAGGUUUGACUCCUAUCAUCAGCUGCUGUGUAGAGAUGGUCUGACUGGUCGCUGUUACUGGGAGGUAGAGACGAGAGGAGAUGUUCAUAUAGCAGUGAGUUACAGAGGAAUCAGCAGGAGAGAAGACAGUGAUGACUGUUGGUUUGGAUAUAACGAUCAGUCCUGGAGUCUGAUCUGCUCUGAUGGUCGUUACUCUGUCUGUCACAAUAACAGAAAAACAUCCAUCUCCUCCUCCUCUGUCUCUGAUAGAGUAGCAGUGUAUGUGGACUGUCCUGCUGGCUCUCUGUCCUUCUACACAGUCUCCUCUGACUCACUGAACCACCUCCACACCGUCAACACCACAUUCACUCAGACUCUCUAUCCUGGGUUUGGGAUCUGGUCUGGUUCCUCAGUGUCUCUGUGUCCUCUGUAGGACGGAGAGUCUCCUCCUGUUUCUCACUGCUGAUCAGUUGAGUCUGUACAGGAUCACACUUACAGAAAUAUUUCAGGUUAUUGUUAUGAACUAAUGAAUGAACUUUGUAUAAAAUAAUUCAGAAUGAUUUAAAAAAGGAGCACCUUGUUCAAUAGUAU